CUCGAUUCAAAUUGCACAUUGUUGACUAAUAACGCAAAAAUAGCCGAAGGCAUGAACAAUAAGUGUGUUGAAGGCUUUACCGAAGGUGCCCCUGGUUUCGCAUGUUCUGUUGAUAAUUUACUCCUUCAAUGUUCGCAAGAGAUGGAGUCUCGGUUCGCAUUGGGUAGUAAUGAUCCAAAAUCACGUUUAAAAGAUGCUAAAAUU